UUAUACCUGUACUGAGAUCGUUGAUUGUUGUCUUUCAUACAAUUAAUUAACUCCUUUUGAAAUCGUAUAAAUGAAGAUGAUUACAAUUUCAUCAAAUUGUUAUAAAAGAAAUUAUUUCAAUUUUUCCUUUAUGUCUAGAAACCUACAUAUAUGUAAAACUUACAGUACAUAUUUAUGAAUUUAAAUACGUAUUCUACUUCAUAAGUAAGUUAUAUGACAUGAUGUAGCGUAAAACUAUGAUACAUAUAGUUAUGAACAUUAUUGGUAAUCAGCACUUUUAACAAUAGUAGUGAAUAGGGUGAUAAACUCCAGUGUAUAUGAAGAUCCAAGCACAGUAUAAAGCAAACAUGCACGAAUGUUGAUAGUAAUUGAUGCACCGGUUUUGUGACUGUUUUAUUGAAAGCAACGUGCAAUCUAGAUCAAGAUACUGAAAAAAGCAUUAAAUUUUGAAUCACAGCUGGAAUUUAUUGUAAUAAAGUGAAUUAGACUGAAAUCGAAAAAAUAUAACUAAACUUGAAGUAAUAAUGUAACUUUUUUCAACUCUUCGGUAACAGUCAAAGAUCCAAAUAUAAUUGUUAUAUUUAUGUCUACAUGUAUUUGUAUGUAUAUGCAUAUAUGAGGACAUACUCUAAUUCAAGGAAAAAUAAAUUUUUUUUUUGGAUUUUUAGUAUUCAAACAAAUGAAAAUGUUAAACAUUAUUUUUUACUUUAGAAUGAAAGUUUCAAAUAUACAUCUUUCAAGUUCAAUUUCAUUCUUGACAAGUAAAUCACGUAUAUCUGAGUAAAACUAGAAACAGUUUUCAGCAUCAAUGUGCCUGAUUUCAUUUCAACCUUUGCGUUACAUAAAUAUCAAAGUUGUUCGAACUAAAGUGAUACAUAUUUGUAAUCAUGGAUAUCGACUGCCCAGUAGUCAGUCUUAAAAGAUCCAGCAGCGCUCCGAUGAUUAAUGAAAUCAGUGCCACUAUGUCAGUUAGCUCACCUUCAACUUCGGCACCCAGAGAUGCUGUGUCUACGUUAAAUCUCUUUUCUAAUACUCCAAGAACACGACGUUUUAGUACAAGUAGUCCUGGCAAUGCUCCAAGAUUAACACCGCGAGUAAAUCAAUUAAAGCAAGAAGAAUGUAUAGAUGUUGCUGGGAGAGAAGCUGCGCAUGAAAAAGAAAUUCAUAGUGCUAUGCAAAUAUCACAAUCAUGGGAAGAUUUAACUUUAGAAGCAGAAGGAUUAUCUUUUAAAGAUUCCGAUUCUUCUCCAGUUCAGCAGCCUCUUCAAAAUAGUAGAAUAGAACGUCAUUUAGCGAGAAGAAUUUUUGAUCCGCUAAAUCUUAGCUUAUCAACAACAAUGAAUGGCGGGGGACCUCCUCUUUGUUCGUCACCUUCUCCUACAAGAUCUAGUAUUGGACAACGUCAAUGUUAUUCUCCAGGAGUUCAUAUAGCUAACUGGAAAAGUAAUCUUUCACCAAGUCCAACGAGAAAAGCUUUUGCUACAAGACGUAGUUUAAGUCCAAUAGCUAUAAGACCAAGUUGUUUGGGCCCAGUAAAAAGAAAAUUUGAACUUGAUGAUAAUGGAAUUGACCAAUUGUUACAAAGACCAGUAAAACGCAUAUCAUCACUUGUUCUUUCGAGUCCUUCAAGAUUGGAUACAUCGUCGUCUAGUUCAGUACCUGAAACAAACCCAACUGAAACUCCAAAAUCCUUAUCAAGUAUAGACUCUUCUAGUUUUUCAUUUCAAUCUGUUGAUAGUCCAUCCUCAAAUCAACCAAUUUCAAAUAGCAAUGAAUCAACAAUUACACAAAAUAAUGAAUCAUUAAAAUCAAAUAUAUCUAAUACUUCCGAUUUACGCAAAGUCGGCCAGUGCAAUCAUAGAUGAAUGCAUAUUAUAGAAAAGAAGUUUAAAAAUUAUUCAAAUUGCUUCGUAAUACCUUGUAUAUAAACUCAUAAUCUUUUCAAUAAUAAUAUAAAAUAAUAAUAAAGUAGUGCAUAAGAAUUAGAAUAAUUAUAAAAAUUGAAAUAUAAACACUAUUGCCAUCAUGCUAUUAUCCAAAGGUGUCACAUAAGUAAGAAAAAAAACAAAAUGAUUAUUGAAAAUUACCAUUAGUUUUCUUGAUUAUAAGGGCUUGUACUUAUGACUAGUCGUUUUUUAAAUGAAUUUUUAGAAUUAACAUACCCACACAAGUUAUCAUAAAUUCAUUAAAAUCGAUUUGACUGUUAAUGGCCUUUCUACAAUUCACGUAUCAAUUUUUAAUUUAUUCACUAAUAGUUAAAGACUUUCUUUUGAUCAUUGUUAAUUUUAUUAACCAACAAGUAUUUUCCUCAUGAAUUAGUGUUCAUAAAACAAUUAUUAUUCUUACAAAAUACAUAAGUUAUUUUUCAAAGUGUGUAUUUUAAUAUAUUGAAUGUAUGAAAGACUGAUGUUUUAUGUUUGUUUCAUAUUGAAAAAUCUUGUUAAUAUCAAAAAUCUGUGUUUAUCUUCUGUAAAUGGAAAAUUUUGGGUAAUAACGUUUUUAAUAUUAUUCUUAUGA